UAUGCACGAAGCGGCAGUCCGACGGUGGCGACGGUGUACAUCAAGUAUCAACAUCACAACGUUAUAACGUCCGACCGUCUCGUGUAUUUUUAAAGUAAUGCCAUUGGCAAGAGAAGCGCAAAAAACCUACAUUACACUUGUCAAACAUGUAAAAAGGUACCCUGCGCUUUAUGACUAUAAUUUACAGGAUUAUUCAAAUAAAACAAUAACAGACGAAUUAUGGAUUGAAAUCGCGAAGAAAACUAACAGCACAGUUCAUGAAUGCAAAGAAAGAUGGAGGAAUAUACGAUCUUCCUUUAUUAGAAGCAUGAAAGGUCCAACAAACGGUUCCCGAUCAAAAAAGGUGUAUUACCUGGCUGAACACCUACAGUUCCUGUUACCUCAUCUAAAAUUUCGUCAUAAGUUGUCAUUACCAUUGCCAUGCGAGAAUGAAGAGCUAGAAAGCAUAGAUGACGAUGAUAAAGAAUCGCAAGAUUAUAAUUUUGAAGACGAUAAAAGUGAUUGCAUUGAAGAUGAAGAAGAUGAGGAAACUUUAUUUACCGGGCCUUCUAUCACCGACGUUGUCAGUCGGAAACGACGUAUAUCUGCAGAUGAAACUAGUCGCGAAACAGUCAAAUCUACGAGUACACACCCGAUGAAUUAUUUCUUCCGCAGUCUCUUGGAUGAAUUUGAAACGAUGGAUGAAGGUCAAAUAAGACAGUUUAAAAUAAGAGUGCUACAACUUAUAGAUGAUAUUAAAGCUAGCAAGAAACCUUUCGAAGUGACCUCAUCUACAAAACCAUCUAACAUUGGGUUCCAAUCGUCUGCUAGUACUUCAAGAAAUGCGGUUGCGUAUGCUACAAAGCAGCCUGACGUGAAAAAAAAUACGCAGACUGUCGAUCCUUUAUCAUCAUCAACGUCGAAAACGGAAUUUAAAGCUGUAGUUAUAAAGACUGAGGACACUACCAGCGAUUAAAAGCUGUAUUUAGUUGUCAUUGUUAAUACGUAAGUAAAUAAGUAAAUUAGCAGUCUUUUUUUUCGCCACUUUUAUGAAGUGAUAUAUUUUUGAAAAAAAAAAAAUGCUAUUUCUACUCAGAAUCACUAGCUUUUUCAAUCCUAGUAG